AUGAAGGGUAAAAUUUUCGCCGUUUGAACUGAUUUUAAUAUACAGUAUAUUUUUUACUUCCGUAAAGUCAAUUGGGUGAAAAACUAUUUUCGGAAUAAAAAAAAUCGAAUCAAAGCUAUUGGGCCGGCUCAUAUAUAUAGGUGCACUGCGCGCACAGGUUCUUCUUAUUCGAGACUCAAUGCGUACCUGCAGUUGGGCCUUGGAGCUUGAGAAGGUAGUAGCAACCUGACCGGACUCGAUGGAGGCGUUGGUUCCGGCUCCGGCUCGUACUGCGCGUGGUUCUGGUUCCGAUUCCGACCGCAGCAGAGGAAGCCGACUCUGCUAACUAGGGUUCCCUUCCCCCUCCAUCCUCUUUAAAUCUGGAGGCAGAGACUCAGGGUGAAGAACACAGCUCAAAUCCACAACCCGCAUCGAGUCGAGACGAAGCUCAUGGAUCCACCCGUGAUGGCCGAAGUUAGUUCCACCAAAGAACACGUCGACCUGGAGAGGAACUCCAAGGACCUGACCAUGGCUGUAGGCGACGUACAAGGUAACUCAACCAUCUUUGAGCUGGAGAUGAUCGAGGCGCAAGAGGAAGAUGCGGCGGCGGCGGCAUACGACGAGAUCGUCGCUCGAUACAGGAGGAAACGCGCUGACCGUAAGGCUCGGAUCGUCAAGGAGCUGGGCGAGGAGGCCUACCUCGAGCUCGAGGCGGGGACGACUGCCUGGCCAACGACCCUGACUACGUGGAUGAGAUCAACCAGUGGAUCAGGAUACAAGAUGAAAGGCAUAAGGCGAAUCUCAGGCGUGGCAUACUUCCUGGCUACAAGAAACUUUCUGACUCCGACUUAUACUUAGAAAUAUACUCAUGCUUGCACCCGGACUCGGAAUCAGACUCGAACUCUGACUCAGAAGACAAUGAUGAUGAUGGUGGUCAUGAGGAUGACGAGGCAGAGGAAAAUUCUGACUCCAAAGAAGAAGAAGAAGGUGAAGAAGAAGAGGAGGAGUUGGAGGCAGAGAAGUUUAUAUCUUUAGCGGAACGUAGGGCAGCGGUGGCGGAGGCAGCCCUCGGCGGGUUCGAAUGGCGGACGGGGCCACUAAUUUUAUCAUGGCCAUCAAAGGGAAAGAGCUGCCCGGCAUUUAGCACCUGGACAACAUGAGCCGCCAUUACACGUCCAAGGGGAUGGAGGGAGAAGUGGAGGCUGCACGAGAAGGUAGUGGUCAUGUCCCACAAGAUCGACGACGAGAUAGAGGCGUGCCCGGAACCACUUCUCUUGCCGGAUUCAGUUUGCUUAUUUUGUUCCUUAGUUUGUGCCGUCCCAAUUUCUACAACUAGUAACAACUCUGUUAAUGUGCACCCUGUUUUAUUAUCUUUAUUAUCUGCCACAUGUACUAUCUCUUUCUAGAGAUGUUUGUCCACAUAUCUAUCUCUGUUUCCUUCUGUUCUUUCUAGAAACAUGUCUAUUUCCAUGAUGUAUCUACGGGCUAU